AUGGCUAAGUUCUAUCUUUCCUUCGCUGUUCUUCUUUCCAUUGCACCUCCAGUACUAUCUCAAUGGAACAAUGCAUCUACACAUGGUUUCCCCACUCCGUCUGGCUAUAGCACUGCGACUUUCAAUGUCUCAGCACAGCCGACUGCAUCCACGAUGCGGACAGACUUCUCAAAUGAUGCGCUCAACGAGCUGUGGAACCUCGUUGGGCCGGUAGCGACUGGGGCCGUCACUACAACCGUGGAACCAACCCCCGAGCCCAGCAUCUACCCACAACCCGAUGCCGACCACUUCCACCCGCUCGUAUCCUCCCGCUAUCCAGAACUGAAGGGCAAGAAGCUUCCGCCUGGCUUUAAAUGGGGUCUGGCCAGCUCUGCAUACCAGAUUGAAGGAGCAGCAAGAGCCGAAGGCAAAGGGCCCAGCAUAUGGGACCUGCUGUCGCACCGCGUGCCCAAUUUCGUACGAGACAACACUACGGGAGAUGUAGUGGGCAGCCAUUACUGGCUGUAUAAGCAAGACAUUGAACGACUGAAGAGUUUGGGAAUCCCGAGAUUCAGCCCGAGUAUAUCAUGGCCACGCAUAUUCCCCUUUGGACACGGCCCAGUUAAUGCCGAGGGCGUUGCACACUACGAUUCCGUGAUCUCGUCGAUGCACGCUGCUGGAGUGCGUCCUUCCGUCACUCUUUUCCAUUGGGACACGCCGCUGGCCUUGUUCACGGAGUACGGGGCCUGGACGUCCCCUCGUAUUGUUGACGACUUCUUCAACUAUGCUAAGUUCGUCAUCAGCAGAUACGAUGAGGGCCGAAUUACCUUCAAGAACUCGGGGAAUUAUUUCGAGGCGGAUAGUACAAGGCCGGAGGAUGAGAUCGCCAGGCAAAGGAAUUUCGACUUCAGCAUUGGCUGGUUUGGAGGUCCAUGGACCGAUGGAGACUACCCGAAGAGCUUAAAAGACACUCUUGGAGAUCUUUUGCCGACACUGACGGACGAGGAGAAGCAGUUGAUCAAGGGGUCUUGCGACUUUUAUGCUAUCGAUCCAUACUCCUCUUUCACAGCUCAUGCCAUUUCCGGCGAUCUUGAAGCUUGCACCUCUCACCGCUCCCACCCCAGCUUCCCCGAAUGCGCACGCAGCUCCUCCACCGCACCCAACGGCUUCCCGAUCGGUCCAGCGGCCGACCCUUCCAUGUCGUGGCUCUACAGCGCCCCCUCGGGGCUCCGCAAAUUCCUCAAACACAUCACCACCACUCUCUUCCCAUCGGUCCCGUCCAUCGUCGUAACCGAGUUUGGCACCGCCGAACCCUUCGAGUCCCGCCUGUCCUCUACCAAUCAAAUCCUCUGGGACCUGCGAAGGGCGGACUACUUCCAGAGCUACCUGGAUGAGAUUCUGCUGAGCAUAUACGAGGAUGGGGUGAAUGUGGAGGGGGCAUGGGGUUGGGCGAUUUUCGACAACUUCGAGUGGGGAGAGGGACUCGGGACGCGAUUUGGGUUGCAGUAUGUGAAUUAUACGAGCUUGGAGAGGACGCCGAAAGCGAGCAUGUUUCAGUUUUUGAAUUGGUUUAGCUACCCGCUAUCCUGCGGGUACCUCAUUCAAACGUUCGUCCUGGCCGACGAAAACCCCCCACACCGCCCGUCCCCCACCGCCUCCGCCGACCCAGCCAUCCCGACCUCCCAAGCUUCUUCGUCCCCAGAAUCCUCUGCCCUCGAUACCAGCCAACGUACUACUCAGACACCCUUUUUGGAGCCUACCGACGCCGCUACAGCAGAUACAAUAGUGGAUAAUACAGCGAAGCGCUCGUAUACCUCCUCCGAGGACAGCGACAGUCCAGGAGACCCCGAAUCUGAGCAUACGAGAGGCCGGUCCUCCCGCCGCCCUUCGAAGCGAAGGCGCAUAGCACACGAGACAAUGCGCAGUGGAGAAGCAUCGAAGAAAUCAGCAUCACCCUCGUUCAACUACACCAAUGGCUCUACCCGCUCUCCGGGUCUCAGGGAAUCAAUGGGUAAGGUCUCCAAUGGAGACUCCCUCCCAAGUUCCCAGAGCAACGGCUCCUAUACAAAUGGAACCUCGGCAGCUAAUCACUCAACCCUCCCAGCUACAUUUUUUGGACACGACCGGGAAGAGGUGACACGCAUAUUGAUACAAGGUUUAGGGGAUCUGGGGUACCAGAGGGCAGCCCAAGCGCUAAGUUCGGAGAGUGGCUAUCAGUUAGAGGGCCCCACGGUAGCCGCGUUUCGGAACGCCGUGCUGGAGGGCGACUGGGUAGCAGCAGAGCAUUUAUUAUUUGGCUCAAAGGAGUCGGACGACGGUGGUGGUGUUGAGCUGACCGUCAACCACAAGACGAAGGGAAAGACGCCUCGUUCGAGGUAUUUCGGCUCGCAGCCUUCGCGUGGCUUGCCCCUAGCCGAGGGGGCUGACAGGGAAGAGAUGCUCUUCAAAAUGAGGGAACAAAAGUAUCUGGAACUGUUGGAGUCGCAGGAUACCAGCAGUGCUCUGAAAGUGCUGCGGCAAGAGUUGACCCCGCUCGUCCCAGAUGCUGUGAAGAGGCUUAGCCAGCUGUCCAGUUUCAUGAUGUGUAGAUCUCCCGAAGACCUGAGGACGUCGGCACGGUGGGAUGGUGCCCAAGGCACAUCGCGUUCGAAGCUGCUAUCAGAGCUCACUGAAUCAAUAUCGCCCAGCAUCAUGAUCCCCGAGCAUCGGUUAGCCCACCUGCUCGACGAUCUCAAGAGUCAAUGGUUAGACAAUUGUUUAUAUCACAACACGGCUGCGUCACCCACGUUGUACGCGCGGCAUAUCUGCUACCGCGAGGACGUUCCAACCGUACCAGUAUUGGAGCUCCGGGAUCAUAAGGAUGAAGUCUGGCAUCUGCAAUAUUCUCCCGACGGCACCAUGCUCGCGUCGGGCAGCAAAGACCAGUCCGUGGUGAUAUACUCCACCGCGAACUACAAACCCCUCUUUCACCUGAAGGAGCACGAAGGCGGAAUAACCUUCGUGGCUUGGAGUUACGAUAGUAAGAAACUCAUAACAUGCUCCAAAGAGGACGAUAAUUCAGCAAAGCUGUGGGAUGUGAAGACGGGCAACUGCCUCAAAACCUUUGAAUUCACAUAUCCAUGCACAGCAGCCGCAUUCACACCCGACAAUCGAUACGUCGUCAUUGGUUCCCACGAUAAGCAAAAGCCGAUUGCGGUGUGGGACCUGCAGGAAAGCAAGAUGCAUCAGUGGAGUGAGGAGAUGCGUGUCAACGACCUCACAAUAACGCGUGACGGCAAGCGGCUCAUCGCCGUCACCGCUCGGCGAGUACACGUGUACGACUUCGAAACCACCGAGAAGGUAUACGAAAUACCGGCCGAGGAUGACGGCGAAUUCGCCUACGUCGCCGUGGGCCACGAUCCGAAGCUCAUGCUUCUCGGCAGUUACCCUGGGCGGAUCGAGCUUCGAAAUGUCGAUAAUGGCGAGCCAAUGAUGCUCUACGAUGGCCACAAGCAGGAAGGGAAUGUCUGUCGAGCGGACUUUGGCGGCGACAGAGGGACGUUUGUUGUCAGCGGCAGUGAAGAUGGGUACAUUUACCUCUGGCGGUCCAACGGCCGCUUUGUGGAGCGCCUCGAAGCUCACCCGUCGGGCUGCGUCAAUGCCGUCGCGUGGAGUCCGACGGACCCCAAGGUGUUUGCGUCGGCGGGGGAUGACCAGUGCAUCCGCGUCUGGAGACCUGCACCUCGUGACGAGGAGGGCUCGUCGAGCGUGAGGGCGCGUCCUGCUGGUGGUUCGCUCCGCCCGCUAUAG